AUGACUUCACAAUAAUAGUCAUAAACCUUUGUUCCUAUUGUAUUAUCUUAAGAAGAAUAUAACCAAAUUCUCAGCCAACCUGCCUACCUGCACCAAUAAUUACUGUAAGAAAUCUAUUAAAAGAAAUAAUAACAACCUUAGCUCUAAUAAUAAGUACAGGUGCAUCCUUAUUAAUAAUUUCAACAAUAAGCUUUGAAUUAACCUUAAAGCACAGCCGUCUUAAUUAAUAUACCAUAAAUUCCAAAUCAUCCUAACCAACCCAAUUAUGUGUAUUAGUAAGGAGUUCAACCCCUCCCACAAUACGUAUAAUACUAGUAACAGAAUCCUAAUUAAAAUUUAAACAUUAUUCAAAAUCCUUUACAACAUAAAUCUAUUCAAAAAGCUGGUAACUUAGAACUUAAAUAUUUUUAUGAAUGGUCUACAUAUCUAUUUAUGUUAGAAAUUUGUAUUUCACUGUUUACUAAUACUAAUUCUGCCUUUUUCAAUUGGGAGUUGGUUACAAAUAACUAUUAAUGGAAUAGUACUUUAUGGGUAGUUUUAAUAUUAUUUAUAAUAUUGAAUUUAUUCAUUUUAACAAAUCCAACUUACGUAACCUAAAAAAAUAAUCAAAAAUUGUAUUAUUGGAUACACGUUCUUUUAUUCGUAUUGCUAAUGUAAGGUCUUCAAACUGCAAUAUCAGGCAGCGCUGAGGUGUUCUCUUGGAAUACAAAUUAUUUCUAUUACUUCUACCUUUUAAUAUGUGUUGAAUUCAUUUCAGUGAGAAUUGCCAUUAAACGUCACGGGGUGAAGAAACCUAUUCAAGAAUAUUUAGGAUAUUUAAUAGCUGCCCCAGUCGUUACUUACUUUUUAGAGUUAAUUUGUCAAGAUUAUUUCUAUAUUUAUACACCUUUAUUAAUUUGGGUUAUUUUUGUAAUACUAAUUGGAGUGGGAUAAAUUUUCAUAAUAAGUAAGAUAAUUGAAAAGGGAUAUAACAAAUUUUAAACAAAAGAUGUCUUUGCUAUGGCCAUUAGUUUUCCAAUUUUAUUGGUAUGCCCAUUUUUUGAUGAGGAAUGA